AAAAAAAAAUUAUGCACAGACCUCGAGAUCCUCAGCAGACAUUGAUAUUGAAUUCUGCGCUUUUCAUGUGUCGUUUUCUAAUUCUUCGCCUUUUCUUCUCUCAUUUCACAUCACUCGCUAACUCCUCUCAGUAAAUUUACUCACUGCUCUGCUGCGUUCCAUUAAAUUCUCUUUCUUUCUUUUUUCUCUGUGGAUUGCAUUUUCAAGCAUCAUCUCUGCUUGAUUCUUUGUUGUCGAGGCUCUAUCCCGACGGACCCCGAGUUUGAUCGGCUACCUAGAAGCUCUGGAUUUUUGCUGGGUUUGUUUGGAGAAUCUUGGUGAUCGGUUGCAUUUUGGUUUCGUUUUGAUCAAAAUAGUCAGAAGCUGGUUUGGGUACCGGGCAGAUUCAUGCUUAUUGCCUGAUCAACAAUGAGGAAACGACGUCUAUACGAGUCAAGACAUCCCUUCGGAUUGCAUCCUUUUGAGGCCUUCUCCCGGGGCUCAUGGCGGAUGGUGGACUGCAUAAGAAUUGAAGAUGGAACUAUGUCUUUACGUUUUGUAGAUGGUCGACAUGUGAUUAAGAGGAAGCGUCCCUUCUCCGAACUCCGAGUCAGGUCAAGGCAAGCAAAUUUAACUGACUGCACUUGCUUUUUGAGACCUGGAAUUGAUGUUUGUGUCCUUAUACCAUCUAAAGAUUUGGCAAGUUCAGAUGAAGCAAAUCUGGAGCUUGUGUUAAUUGAUGCUAAAAUAAGAUCGAUUGAGAGGAAGCCGCAUGAAUCUCAAUGUUCAUGCCAAUUUUAUGUUAACUUGUAUGUUAACCAAGGUCCUCUAGGUUCUGAGAAACUAGAACUUGAUAAAGAUACCAAAGUAUUAGGAAUUGAUCAAAUUCUUAUACUCCAAAGGCUUGAAAAACAUCCUUGUGAAGGUCAAUAUUAUAGAUGGAGUCUCUCAGAGGACUGCUCUUCCUUAUCAAGAACUAAAUUAUUUUUGGGAAAAUUUUCUUCGGAUCUAUCAUGGUUACUUGUUGCAUCAGUCCUAAAGCAGGUUGCAUUUGAGGUAAGAACUGAACAAUACAAGAUAGUCUAUCAAAUUUUGGCCGAUGAUGAUGGGAGCCCAUCAAAAUCUAAUAAUUAUAUAAGUGCUGUAAGUUUCAGAGAAGAUAAUGGUCUUUCAGUGUCCAAUCUGUUCCAAUUUACUCCAGCUGAUAGCAUUCAGGAAUGCCGUGCUUCUGGUGAACCUAGACCAUGUUCAUCAAUGGGGGGGUGGGAGUUGCGGCGCUCUAAGCGGCGAAAUGUACAACCUGAACGUUUCAUUGGUGGUCAAGGACUUACAGAGUCAGAUAGUGUCUGGGUCCGACAAAUGCCAAUCAAGACUGACAAAUGGAAAGAGAAGAUGAAAUGUCUGCCACUAUCUCGCUUGUUUAAAAUGCAACCACUUUAUUUAAAAGAGCAACCUAAGAAUGAAACUAGAGAUCUUGUCGUGUACAAGAGCAAUAAAUACUCAAAGGAUGUAAAAUCAGGUCUAGCUGAUCAAGUGGAACAUCAAAACAAACUUGCUAUUAUUCCUGUGCCCAAUGUACCCGAGCUCGAACCUGAACCUUUGGCCAGUGAGCACCAUGACUAUCAUGCCAACCUCUCUGCAAAUAAUUCAAAACGGGUGGAAGAACUUUCUUUCAGAUACAAUAGUCUGAAAUGUUCCAGAACCAGUUCGAGAAAGAAAUUCUCUCAGAUAGAUGAUAUGGAUUUAGUCCCUAGAUGGGAGGGAAUACAGGGGAAGGGUUCUAAUAGAAAGGCCCAAAUUAGAAAGCAUCGAGGCAUAUCUUCAAAGGAGGACUUUGAUGAACCAAUAACUUAUAAGAAAAAGUCUUUAAGUGCCGGUGCAUAUGAUAAACUGAUACAUUCAUAUAUGAAGAACAUUGAUUCUACAAUGAUAAAAGAAGAGCCACAUAUUAUUGACCAAUGGCAGGAGUUUAAGAAAGCAAGCUUCCCAGAACAAAGGAUGGAAAUAGAACAAUCCUCAAGUGAGGAUGAAGGAGAAUCCUCAGAAAAUGAAAUGUUGUGGCGAGAAAUGGAACUGUCCAUGGCUUCAGCUUAUUUUCUCGAGGAUAAUGAGGUGCGAGUUAGUUAUGAAAAUAUUCAAAAGACCACUGAAGUUUGUCAACACAGUUACAGAUUGAAUGAAGAAAUUGGGAUGUGUUGCUUUCUCUGUGGCUUUAUCAGCACUGAGAUAAAAUAUAUGACAGCACCUUUUAUGGAAUUCAGGAGCUAUGUUGCAGAAAAUAGGUGGGAAAAUGAAGAAGAUAACAAGAAUAUGACUUAUGCAGGGCGAGAGUUGAAUCUUGUUGGAAAUCAUACUUCCCAUGAAAGGCUCUUAACAGAGGAAAAUGAUAACGUGUGGGCCUUGAUCCCUGAACUUAGGAAUAAAUUACACCUCCAUCAAAAGAGGGCUUAUGAAUUUCUGUGGAGAAAUAUUGCUGGGGAUUUGGUGCCAGCACAAAUGGAAUCAAAAUCAGAUAAUAUAGGUGGUUGUGUUGUUUCCCAUUCUCCUGGAGCUGGAAAAACAUUUCUCAUCAUUGCUUUCCUUGUUAGCUACUUGAAGUUAUUCCCAGGAAAGAGACCUUUGGUUCUUGCUCCAAAAACAACUCUCUAUACAUGGCACAAGGAGUUUAUUAAGUGGAAGAUUCCUAUACCAGUUCAUUUGAUCCAUGGUCGUAGAAGUUACAGAAUAAUUAAGCAAAAGACAGUGAAGUUUCAAGGAGUUCCAAGACCUAGUCAAGAUGUUAUGCAUGUGUUGGAUUGCCUUGAGAAAAUACAUAAGUGGCAUGCUGAACCCAGUGUUCUUGUCAUGGGUUACACUUCAUUUCUAACAUUAAUGAGAGAAGAUGCGAAGUUUGCUCACAGAAAAUACAUGGCUAAAGUUUUGCGAGAAAGUCCAGGGCUACUGGUACUAGAUGAACGUCACAACCCCAGAAGUACGAAUCGAGUUGCGGAAGUUUUGAUGAAAGUUGAAACAGACUUGAGUAUUGCUUUCAGUACAUUAUUUCAGAACAAUUUCUGCGAAUACUUUAUACCCUCUGCUUGGCUAGACAAGUUUAGAGGUCGAGAAUUGUUGGUUCUUACUGGAGACUUGGAGUUAUUCGAGCGGGGAAGGGUAAUGGAUAAGUUUGAAGAACCAGGAGGAUCUUCAAAAGUGUUACUAGCUUCAAUUACAGCUUGUGCUGAAGGCAUUAGUUUGACAGCAGCCUCACGGGUCAUCUUUUUGGAUUCAGAGUGGAAUCCUUCCAAAACAAAGCAGGCUAUGGCACGAGCUUUUAGACCUGGUCAACAGAAGGUGGUUUAUGUGUAUCAGCUCUUAGCAACAGGUACGCUCGAGGAAGAUAAGUAUAAAAGAACAACAUGGAAGGACUGGGUUUCAAGUAUGAUUUUCAGUGAAGAAUUUGUGGAGGAUCCUUCACAAUGGCAAUUGGAAAAGAUUGAAGAUGAUGUUUUAAGAGAGAUUGUGGAAGAAGAUAGAUCUAAAUCAUUCCAUAAGCUCUUGAAAAUAGAAAAAACUUCUACUAUUUGAUGAGCAGCUAGCUCUCCCAUAUAAUAACAGGUAGAAGCAAAAGAAUCAUUUUCUUGACAGGUAUGAACUCUCUGUCUCAUACAUAGCCUUUCUUUUUUCAAAUCAAGAUAAGUUAUAAGCCAUUUGUGGUACAUAAGCACUUCCAAUCAACUUUUGCUCAUGCAUAAAAAUUGAGAGAAUGAAGGGACAGGUUUAUCUGCUGAUGUUAUGACUAUUAAGGUGGGAUUCUAUUCCCUCACAAAGGAGAGAGUGAAAUGAGAGUUACCUCUUGUUGUUUAGUUGAGGGAAUGAACUAAGUUGAUUAUCUCCAGUUCUAUAACCCACAAUAUGCUGAUUCACCUCUUAUGAAUCCAAAUUUAACUUGUUGCUUCAA